AGAGGGAGAAGGAGAGAGAGAGGGGGGGAGUAGUAGGUAUGGGGAGUUCAUCGGAGGAUUUUUCGGUGGUGGUGCUGGCGUCUGAUCUGGGCGUUGAUGCUCGACCGUUCCUAUUAUCAUCAGAUGGAGACGGAGAUAAUUGGCAUGACUGCCCUGCCUACCUUUCCGACGAAGACUUUUCCGACCUAGACGCCUUGCAGGCCUUCCGUGUCGAAGGCACCGAUAACUACGGCAAUCGUAUCUUCCGCAUCGUCGGCAAGUACUUCCCAGCUCCAGUUGUAAGUUGCGAGCGACUCAAGAAGUAUGUAUUCAAUAAGAUUUUCUCCGAGUUACCAGAAGGGCCAUUCUGCAUUGUUUAUAUGCACAGCACAGUACAGAAGGAGGACAACUCUCCUGGAAUGACUGUACUGAGGUGGAUUUAUGAAGAACUUCCUUCUGAUUACAAGGAAAGACUCUGUGCUGUGUAUUUCGUGCAUCCUGGUAUCCGGUCGAGGCUCGUUUUGGCCACUCUUGGCAGAUUCUUUUUAAGUGGAGGCUUAUACUGGAAGAUCAAGUACAUUAGCCGCCUUCAAUAUCUCUGGGAUGAUAUAAAGAAGGGAGAGGUUGAGAUUCCUGAUUUUGUGGGAGAUCAUGAUAAUAUUCUUGAGCAUAGACCACUUACAGAUUAUGGAAUUGAGCCGGAUCCCCUCCAUCUAAGUGAGGUUCCACCAAUAGGGUACUCCUUCGGGAGGUACGAAGGGAGAUGGGCAUCUAGGGAGUAUGUGACCUAGAGUCACUGGCUUUUAGAGGCUAAAAUCUGUACAAAACAAAGCUUAAUUUAUGAAUUUUAUGGUUGAUUGUCUCCUUUAAGUAUGCAAUCUCUCUUGUAACUGAAGUUGACAUACUAAAGAUGUGGUAAUCUAUUAUGGUUCUUCUAACAUUGUCAUAUAUGUGAAGCUAGAGAAAUGCAAAAUACAAAUAAACUGUGAUACACUUAUUUACUCCUUUAGGUGG